AGUCUAAAUGCGUUAAAUAUGUACAUUUUAUCUCAAACUCUGCAAUGUGAAGCUAUGAAAUUCUAUAGCUGGUAAAUAUAUAAAUUUAUGUAGCACCUCGAUAGAGUUCAGGUUUUUGCGUUUGAAUACUUUGUGGUGGUUUCGUUGAGAUUUGAGUCUGAUUUCCUUACUUAUCGUUAGCAAGGCUCAGCUCAUCGAAAGCACAUACUAAGGUUAUCAAAGUGUGCAUCCUUUAGAAAACAGCCAUUUUUAUUCAUUUGAGAAAAGUCUAUUAGCAUCAUGCAAAGCAAUACCUGGCGCUAACGUAUAACUUUAGACGUGGCAGCUCAGAUAACAUCGUCUUAUACCAGGUUUUUGGCUAGCUUUUCAAAAAUAAAGACCUUUGACAUGUUUCCUUGUUGAAUAUAUAUUCAGACAUGUUUCAGCUGACCAGAUCUAGCCUAAACCCUUUCUGUCCCGCAGUGAAUGAGCUGAGUGGAGCAGCCAAUUUGAUGACUCCACAGGAUUUAGUGUUUUGUUGUCCCGGCUUCUCUGUCUUUGAAAGAGUCGCGUUGUGCUCUGGGAAAGACCUGCUGCAGUGACCCUGUCUGAUCUUUACAGAGUGAGAGGUCCCUGGUGUAAUCGUGUACUUUUUACCAUUUAUAAUGGAAAACUGCAGCGAGGACUAUAGGAUCCAGUCAUUUGACGUGGAUACACAGAAACUUCUAAAAACAGCCUUGAAAGAUCCAAGUUCUGUGAACCUGGAGAAGGUCUCCAACAUCCUUGUGGACCAGUCGCUGAAGGACCCCUUGUUCAGCAAAGAGGCUGGCCGUAUUUGCUACACGAUUGUGCAGGCUGAGGCCAAGCAAGACAAUGGAGCCGUGUUUCGGAGGCACCUGCUGAACCGCCUGCAGCAGGAGUUCAAGGAGCGUGAGGAGACGAGGAAACGCUCGCUGCAGGGCUGGGUGUGCUACGUCACGUUCAUCUGCAACAUCUUUGACUACCUCAAGGUGAACAACAUGCCAAUGGUGGCCCUGGUCCUGCCUGUGUACGACUGUCUAAUGAGGCUGGCCCAACCAGACGCUCUGCUGAACGAGGAAGAGGUGGACUGCCUGGUGCUGCAGCUGCAUCGCAUCGGGGAGCAGCUGGAGAAGGUGAACAGCCAGCGGAUGGACGAGCUGUUCUUCCUGCUGAGGGACGGCUUUCUCCUGCAGGAGGGUCUGACCUCCAUGGCUCGCCUCCUGCUGCUGGAGGUCCUGGAGUUCAGGGCCGGAGGCUGGAUGCUCAGCAGCACCGCCCACAAGUAUUAUUACAGCGAAAUCGCCGACUGAGACGGGCGACUUGCGCACCGUGGACGCUUUCCGUUGGUCACCACCGAUUACCACACCAGCAGCUUCACGAUAGAAGGCGAUAUCUUCCUGGUAAUCAGAGGCGGGAGGGAGGAACGAGGAUUUUUGCUGCGUCAUUUCCUGCUCUUGAUCAAGGCUUGGAAUGUGACGGAUGUGGAAUGUGCAAUAGUUUGAAGUUUUUAGUUCUUAAGGUUUCUGCCACAUUCAGACACACUUUGAUUCAAAACCGAGAAGUUCUGACAUUUUUUUUUAAAAUCUUUUUUUGCAUUCCUGUUUUGUAGGAACAGUUUACCAAGUUUUUGGUGUUAAAAACAAGACAUUCCAGUCAGAUUCGGACUGAUUUAAUUUUAUGCUAUUGUUGGUAUUGUGUUGGAAUAUUUGCAGGGGACGUUAAGACAUUUUCUGUGUGAAGUUUAGGAGUUUCUAAAAGACUUGAGUUGCUGUUAAGCAGCAGGAUUCUUGUUACCGUUUAAUGCGAGGCCGGUUUGUCACUUGAAGCACCGUCUUUAUUCAGGGAUUUUUAUUUCUUGUCACAGCUUCAGUUGGAAGACCAAAAGAUCAGAUCCCUCACUUUUAAAACUUUUUUUUAUAUAUGUGUAUAUAUAAAAUACAGAUUUUAAUGUUUUGGAUCAAAAGAUUAGCUUUGUGUUGAAGUAGUGCCAACAUUCUCUGGGCAUCAACAUUUUCCUAAUAUCCGAGAGUUUUCUCUUUAAUCGUAGGAAGUUGGGCUCUCAAAGUGGCAUCCCUUUAAAUCGGAGAUGAACCAAUCAGGCUUUUACAGGCCAAUACCGAUUUCCACAUUUGAUCUGAUCUCUUUCUUGUUGCUUAGAACUAUUUCACUUAAAAACUUAAUCAAUUUGGCUUACAUUCUGCAGUUAUUGCCAGAAUAUUAGCUUUGUAGGAAGAAAAGGUGCUGCGGAUGUAGUUUCAAUUUAAACAGAAAGUGAAUAUUGUAUCUAAUGUAUCAAAUUAGACACCUGUUACUUUUAUCUCAGUCUGUUGAGUUCAAAGCAAAGGGGAUCAAUUGAAAUACAGUUUUGGGGUGUGUUUGGAGAACAAAAACGCGCUUAAGGUUCACCUCCGGGUCUUUGGAAAUCGGCUGAUUAGUGCCUCUUUUGAUCCACUUAUCAGGAGAUUGUUUUACCAGCAGAACAUGGCUUUAAAGGUGAAUAAGCUAAAAAAAAAAAUAAUAAUAAUAAUAAUAAAUGACGGCAAAUUUUUGUAAUAUUUGACCAAGUUCAGUGGGUUUUGACCCAUGUUGAUUUAUUUUAAGGUUGAAAACAGUUCGAUCCGUAGCUCUGAACCUACAUUUUCUAAUAGAGGUUAAACGACUCUAGCUUAUCCGGCUUCAGGGUCAUAAUAACCUGAUUUGUUUUUGUAUUAAACUUUAGAAAUUAUUGGUGUAUUUGGUAAAAGCCAGCCUGAAUGUUCAGAACUCAUGGAAAAUCAUUUAAACACAGGACAGGCCACAGACCUGACAGCAGUUGAUUUUGGUAUUUUCCUACAAAGUGGCAAUACUUUUACAUUUCUCUGUUCUGUUUUUCUACUCGUGUUGCAUAUUAAACAUAUUUGUUUUAAAUAAA